AUCCAGCGAAACCACGUGAUAUUACUCAUCCAAGAUGGACUUUAAAAAACUUGCGGCGGAUGCUUCUACUGUCUUUAAUCGUGCCGUGCAGUUUACUGAAGAAAAGUUUGGCCAUGCGGAAAAGACUGAACUAGAUGCUCACUUUGAGAACUUAAUGCAAAGAGCUGAUACUACCAGAAUCAACACAGAGAAAAUACUUGGUGCUACUGAGAGUGUCCUGCAGCCAAACCCAAAUGCUCGUGUGGAGGAUUUUCUCUAUGACAAAUUAGACCGUAAGAAAAGAGAACGUCAAAACAACUUGGAAAGAUUAGGUCAGUUUAUGGUGGAUGCUGGCAACGACUUUGGUCCAGGGACUUCAUAUGGGAACUCGCUGGUGAAAUGUGGUCAAACACAACAGCGUCUUGGCCAGGCUGAGAAGGAUUUUGUGUCCACUUCUGCCAACAACUUCCUGACACCACUGAAGAACUUCCUAGAGGGAGACAUGAAAACUAUUCAGAAAGAACGCAAGUUACUGGAAACCAAAAGAUUGGACCUGGAUGCUGCCAAGAGUCGUGUUAGGAAAGCAAGGUCCCAAGCUGCCCAACAGCAGGAUGCAGAGGAUAUGUUGGUCAAACCUGGUUUGAUAGAGUCAUGCUUUCCACCUGUCCCUCCUCUCCGCAAAUCUCCAGAGCGAGAAGAGCUUGACCACAGGAUCAGUGUGGAACAGGCAGAGACAGAUCUUCGCAACGCUCAGUCUGAGUUUGACAGACAGUCUGAAAUCACCAAGCUGCUCCUAGAAGGGAUUAGUAGCACACAUGCACAUCAUCUCAGAUGUUUGAAUGACUUCAUAGAAGCUCAGACUACGUACUAUGCACAGUGUCAACAGUAUAUGCAGGAUCUGCAGAGGCAGCUUGGGAGUUACUCCACAAGCCCCAACAAUCCCCAAGGUGGUUUACCGACAGACAUUCGCCCUCCUGCAUAUGAAAGCUUUCCACAGCCAUCAGCGCCACCUGCUGGUAAUGGAGCACCCUCUGGUGCCAGGAAAGCCAAAGCCCUCUAUGAUUACGAUGCUGCUGGAAGCAAGGAGUUGUCUCUCUUAGCAGAUGAGGUGAUCACAGUGUAUAGUGUGCCAGGAAUGGAUCCAGACUGGAUGAUGGGAGAGAGAGGCUCUCAGAGGGGGAUGGUGCCUGUCACAUAUCUAGAAUUUGUGGACUGAAAUGGGAACUAUAUGGACAUUAAUCUAUAUAUAUAUAUAUUAUGUGUACAAUUAUACAAGGGUUUUCAUUAUUGUACUGGCAUCUAUAUACAUAAUUAUGUGGAACUAUUGAUGAUGAUUAGUAUAAGCAUCAUCAUUAUUGUUGCCAUUUUGGUAUGUGGAGAAGAGCUUUAUGUCUUUAUGCAAAGUGUAAAUGGGGGAAAAGAGUUAACCUUAAUAAUUGAAUUACAUGUAAGUUUUCACCAUUUUGGUUGCAGCAGUGGGGUUAUAUCAAAAUGCUACGCCAAAUAUGUGUCUGCAUUUUUCCCAAUUUUAAAAAAUGAUAGAUUCAGUGUCGUGAAAAUUGAAAGGUUUGGAUGGUAUUCAACGUGUACAGUCUUAGAUAUUUUGAGAAGGCAAAGAUAGGAGUGAACAACUUUUUUAUGUUGAAAUGCAGAAAUGGGUAUAUAGUUUGUCUGCAUAAAAAGGAGUUUUUUUUUUCUUUUUACAAAUACGCAUGUUGGAGGUGUAUAUAAAUUUUGACUUUUCUCUUUGUUGCGGUCAGGUAUUGAACAGGUUAUCUUGUGUGACAGUUAAUGACAUUAAUCGACCUUCUAGAUGCUUCCUAGAAUCAAGAUGGACUAUUCGCAUAAAGAGUUGGGAAGGAUAGGUUGUCAAAUUGUAUCAUGUAUUUUGCCUAGAUCUGAGCAAAAAAAGAACAAACUGUCAUCUCUCGUGGGGUGAAGUAAAAUCCACUUUCAUCGUUGCCAUAACUGUUAUUGUUUUCCCUGCAAAGAGAUGUUAGAAGACACAGGACCAGUUUAUUUAAUAUUUCCUUUGUUAUGAAGUACAGAAUUUGAAUAUUAUAUUGACAAACUAGGAAAAUUUCAUGUGUAGGAUUAUUAUCUUCAUCAUGUGUUUAUAAUUUUUCUUUUGAAAAUUUGUUUUUGUGCAUCUUUCAAUAUUUUGUUGAAGCUUUUAAAAAGCUCCUGUGUUUUUUACUUAUUUUUUUUCCUCUAUUUUCAUGUCAGAUAUGGACUGGCUUUCCUGGUGCCAAUGUCUUAUUGCCAUUGUUGGUAAAAUAUUAAUGACCUGGUUUUGCAUUCUAUUAUUUACUUGUUGUACAAUUUUAAUUUGAUUUAUUUUGUUAAGUAUCGUGUAUCAAAAUGGUUCGAGCUGCUGGAAAAAUCGCCGCUAGAUAGCAGUUUUAUUGAAUAAAAAAGUCACCCUGGUCUGAGUGCAGUCAUUGUCAAAAUGCCACUGUCUGUACCAUUUCGCACGUAAAAUAGGUACGGAUGCAGGAAAUGUCGGAAAAUUGUAAUCUCAUUAUGACAUGCUCGAUUAGUCGACGUUGGCAUGAGAACGACGGUUUCUGUAGAGAUAAAAGUAAAAUUGGCAAAUUUCAUUCAAGGUGUCAUUAUAGAUUGACCACUUUAUGUCUUAAAGAAGACGCUAAAAACGCUGUCCCUUUGUUAUUUAGAUUUUCUUGCCAUUUAGUGGAACAGUUAAUAAAAGCAGGCAGAAUGGUUCA